UGUGCUAAUUGUCAAGCAACCACCACUCCCCUUUGGCGAAGGGAUGCAAGCGGUAACACUAUCUGUAAUGCCUGUGGUCUUUAUUAUAAAUUACAUCAUGUCCAUCGUCCUGCUACCAUGAUGCGCACAGAAAUCAAGCGAAGAAAACGA